UACAGGAGCUGGCCGCUGCCGCCCGGGGACUACGUUUCCCGUCGUCCUUUGCGCCCCAAGCAGGAAGAACGUUCUCUCGCAGGGGCUCACACUGAUCCAAGUUAGGAGCUUUCAGCUGCCAGCCUUGGCCCAUCAUGUAAGUGCUGCGGAGAAUUCUUUGCAGUGCAAUUGCAGAAAUACCUCUUUUCCCGACGCCCGCGGGGGCUGUGCAAUUGUAACAUCGCUCUUUGCACGGACACGCACGCCUCGGACGCAAAAAGGCUCCAAGUGCAUGAGGAUCGAGGCUCGUACGUUGCAUCUUUGUUGCAAAGCGAGCCGCUGAAGCUCCAGUGCGAGGGCGAUGGAGGGAGGGAGUGAGAAAGAAGGCAAAGUCUUUUGUGCUUCCCCUCCCCCUCAUCAAAGCAAAGGGGAAAUGUCUCAGCCAAAGGGAGGCAAGAGGAAGCCGGUGCUCAAGCUCUCCAAGGAGGUGUUUGAGCAGCCUACUCCCGCCGCACUACCCCCCAGAGAUUUGGAUUCGAAAGCUUGUGUAACAAUUGGAGAGAAGAAUUUCGAGGUGAAGGCAGAUGACCUGGAGCAGAUCUGCGAGCUCGGCCGGGGAGCGUACGGCGUGGUGGACAAGAUGAGGCACGUGCCCAGUGGCCUGAUCAUGGCUGUCAAGCGGAUUCGGGCCACAGUGAACACUCAGGAGCAGAAGAGGCUGCUCAUGGACCUGGACAUCUCCAUGAGGACAGUGGACUGUUUCUACACGGUCACCUUCUAUGGAGCGCUGUUCAGAGAGGGCGACGUCUGGAUCUGCAUGGAGCUGAUGGACACCUCCCUCGACAAGUUCUACAAGCAGGUGAUCGAGAAGGGUUUGACCAUCCCCGAGGACAUCCUGGGAAAGAUCGCCGUCUCAAUAGUAAAAGCUUUGGAGCAUCUGCACAGCAAUCUGCAAGUCAUUCACAGAGAUGUGAAGCCCUCCAACGUGCUGAUCAACACCCAGGGCCAGGUGAAGAUGUGCGACUUUGGCAUCAGCGGCUACCUGGUCGACUCCGUGGCUAAAACCAUGGACGCUGGCUGCAAACCUUACAUGGCGCCGGAGAGGAUCAACCCCGAGACGAACCAGAAAGGCUACAACGUCAAAUCUGACAUCUGGAGUUUAGGAAUCACGAUGAUCGAGCUCGCCAUCCUGCGCUUCCCCUACGACUCGUGGGGCACGCCCUUCCAGCAGCUGAAGCAGGUGGUGGAAGAACCUUCGCCCCAGCUUCCUGCCGACCAGUUCUCCCCGGAGUUUGUGGACUUCACGUCUCAGUGCUUAAAGAAAGUUUCCAAAGAGCGGCCGACUUACACAGAACUCAUGCAACAUCCCUUCUUCACCUCCCAUGAGGCCAAAGAAACCGACGUGGCUAGCUUUGUGAAGGUCAUCCUGGGGGACUGAGCUGCCACACUUGCACAGGAGUGGAGGGAGGAUCUGUUAAAAUGGGGGGGAGG